AUGUCGCGAUAUACCAUCAGCCGACUACCACCAAAAGUAUUGCAUCUAUUCAACAUUUACGAACGCGCCUCCAAUGCUCUACAGCCGCUCGACAAAGUGGUGGGUAUAAGUGACCUCAUUAAUCGUAAUUCUCCAUUCUACCAUAAUUUUUCAAGACAAAAACUUGUACAUAAUACCGCUAAAGAUUUGCAGAUGGAUACCAACGAUUAUCCUCCAUUGAUUUCACACAUUAUUCAACCUUUGUUUACCGGUCAAAUUGGGCUUCCGAAUAUAGAGAGCCGAUCUACCGAUGAAAUAUUCAAAACUUUUGGCCAAUUGGACGAAACAAUAGACACUAAAUACACUUCUACGACGAAAAGGUAUACCGAUUUCCAGGCACGAAUAUUGAACUCACUCGCUUCAUUUUACAACCCAAUGCAAAAAGUGCCCAAUGUUCCGGCAGUAGGGAACACAUAUCGAUGGUAUUCGAGAUUAUUGAACGACACCCCGAUUCUCAUCAUACUCAAACAGAAAAAUCGGCUCUUUUCUCAUUCUUCAUUGCAUCAAAUUAACAAGCCGUUUUCAGACCUCAAAUCUCAAAUUGACCUUCUCAAGUCGAAAAUCGCGACCACUCGCAACUUGAACAACUCUCGGUUCAAAACUUACCAUCUUUUUGACAUUCCAUCUACAGAUAUCCUAUCUCUUGCGGUGAAAAAUGCACACCCUCAAUUUAGCGGAAACGACGAAUUUUGCAAUUUUCUCGCUGGUGCUCAGAACGUGGCUAUCGUGAACGACGGAGCCCACGACCUCAAUUCCAUGGAAAACCAAUAUCCCAUCAAUGAGCUAUACCAAGCCUUCUUAAAUGGGAUAGAUGUGGCUGAAAUAUUCCCAUACGACCUCACCUUCAACUCUUUGUAUGGCAUCACAAUUGAGUCUCUGAUGCUUCCGCACUUUGACAGGUCCAUCCUUGAUAUCCUCGAAAAGUUUGAGGAUGAAUUCGAGGUUUCUUUGGCGAGAUUUUCGCUAGGAUUUCCAGAAGUUGCAAAAUUCUUCGAGGCCGAAGUUGCUGCAAAGGAGUCCGAUUCCAACUACGAUAACCUUCUUCAACAGACAAAACAGUCCAAGAGUAACGUAGCCACGCUCGCGGAGUAUAUGGGCCAAUCUGGGCUCACCAGAGUGGAACUGGGCCACAAUUGCAUAUAUCUAGUAAAGCCAUAA